GAGCCGCAUGCAGUCGUCCGGGAGCCCACUGCGACCUACACACGGGCUGCCACUCAAAGAACAGAGCCAUGGCGCCCUUGUCAUUGCCCCUGUCGUCUCUCCUGAAACAUAAGGAAUGUCUGCAAAAGGCGAAUGUUUUCUGUAGUGUCUUACAGGGUGUACAGCACCGGCCAUUCAGGUCUUGCUUAUGGAAACGGAAUUUCGGUGCGGUAUACCAUGGAGUCGGUCAACUACUGUCACACCAGCCCAGAGCCAAAAACUACGCAGCAUCUGUUUGUAGCAGCUCUUCAGACGGUCAGGACAUGACAGAGAGGCUGUGGUCUGUUUACAAUGAGACCAAAAGGCAGACACAAGAUUUGAUCUCGGUCAUAUCCACAAACUCCGUCAACCCUGACACCAUUUUUGCCAACAAUGAGAUGAGCCUGCGAGACAUAGAGAUCUACGGUUUUGACUACGACUACACCCUGGCGUUCUACUCCAGCCACCUCCACACCCUCAUCUUCAACAUAGCCCGGGACAUCCUCAUCACUAACCACAGAUAUCCAGAGGGUCUGCGAAAGUAUGAGUAUAUUCCAAAUUUUGCUGUAAGAGGACUUCACUAUGAUGUUCAAAAGGCGCUGCUGAUGAAGAUAGAUGCUUUUCACUACAUCCAGUUGGGAACUGUAUACAGGGGCCUUCAUCCAGUUCCUGAUGAGGAAGUAAUUGCCAUGUAUGAAGGUUGCCAUGUACCGCUAGAGAAUAUGAGCGACUUUUAUGGCAAGAGUUCCCAUGGCCACACCAUGAAACAGUUCAUGGACAUAUUCUCCCUGCCUGAGAUGACCCUCCUGUCCUGUGUCAAUGACUUCUUCAUGAGGCACAACAUUGACUAUGAGCCAGUCCAUCUCUACAAAGACGUGAAGGAAGCCAUUAGAGAUGUUCACGUCAAGGGCAUUAUGUACCGUGCUGUGGAGGCAGAUAUUGAGAAAUACAUUUGCUAUGGUGAGCAAAGCCACGCUGUGCUGAAGAAGCUGUCAGAGCAUGGAAAAAAGAUGUUCCUCAUUACCAACAGCCCUUUUGACUUUGUGGACCGAGGAAUGAGCUACAUUGUAGGGAAGGACUGGAGGGACCUGUUUGAUGUUGUUAUUGUUCAGGCCGACAAACCUAGUUUCUUCAAUGACAGGAGAAAACCUUUCAGGCGAGUGACGGACAAAGGUGCGUUGCUGUGGGACAGGAUUCACAGAUUGGAAAAAGGGCAGAUUUACAAACAGGGAAACCUUUAUGAGUUCCUGAGACUCACUGGCUGGAGAGGAUCCAAAGUGCUCUACUUUGGCGAUCACAUCUACAGUGACUUGGCUGAUCUAACACUGAAACACGGUUGGAGAACAGGUGCCAUCAUCCCUGAGCUGAGGAAAGAGAUCAAGAUUAUGAACACGGAGCAGUAUGUGCACAUGAUGACCUGGUUGCAGGCACUGACUGGACUCAUUGAACAGAUGCAGAUACACAGGGAUCCAGCCUCUCAAGCUGUCGUUGAGGAGUGGAUCAGAGAGAGAGAAGCCAUGAGGCCACAGACAAAGGACAUCUUCAACGCUCAGUUCGGGAGCCUUUUCCGAACGUACCACAACCCCACUUACUUUUCACGGCGACUUUCGCGCUUUGCUGACAUCUACAUGGCCUCCAUCAGCUGCCUGCUCAACUACGACUUCCAGCACACCUUUUUCCCUCGCCGUACUCCGCUACAGCACGAGUCCCCCUUCUGGCCUGAACACAGCCCCGCCGGCCUGAGUGUCUCCUCGCAGCUCCACAGGACCAAAGCAGAGUCUGAUUAGAGAGAGAAAGGAAGACAUUGUUAAAAAGACAAGGACUGAAUGAUCUCCAUUGCUAAUUUAAACUUAACUUUUUUUUCCAAGUUUUGAGAUAUGGCAUUUUAGAAGAUGCAUGCCACAUUUAAGUUAUGUAUAACUGGUAACAAUCAUGUAAACUGUUGAUAUUAAGCUUUAAAUUAAAUAGUAAUGUAGAUCCUGUCAAAGAACUCAGUGGAUUUAGUGCUUUUAAGCCAAAUGACACAACAGAACAAGCAUUUUGACAAUUUGAAUUUAAAUAUGCCUACUUUGUAUUUUAGAAAUUUUCUUUGAAAUUUGGAACAUUGAAGGCACUGAUUGUUUUUGGGUUUGCGUGUGUGUGUCUGAGAGAGAGAUUUUGUUGUGCGAGAUUACACGAAGAUGAUGCAUUUACACUGUUUAAACAAUAGGAGGCAGUCACACAUCAAGUUUAUCAUGGUGGAUCUCUUUAGUACGAAUUGUACACCUUCUUUAAAGAUCAUCUUUGCCUUUUUUAUCCUUUGCAUCUGUGAAAAUGUGAGAGACUGUUGGUGAAAUACUCAGAUGUGACAUUUACAGUACAAACUCUGUUGCCUUAAUCUCUUGUUCACAUUACUGCAAUGUAUAUAUUUUUGUAAUAGCCUAAUAUUAUUUAUGGUGAUCAAGCUUUUCAGAUUUUGUCCACAAAUAUUUUAAUUCAUUUCAUUUUAAAGUGAAUAUUGUGAUACACACUGCACACGGAUUCCCAGAGAUCUUUUGUUUUGAUAGUUUUCGCACAGCACAGCCUGUAUGUCUCAUUUUAGCAGAUGAGAAAUGGUAAUAUUUGUCAGGAAAAAAAUAGAGCAUUAUUUCUAUAUUUAGCAUGAAUGCUGUUAUUUGAUCUGUGAAGGCAGCACACUGGGUUUCGUGGGUUUGUCACUUUUUUUUUGCAGCAAAUGUGUGAAAUUCUCUCACACAUGCUGCAAUGUUGGCUGGAGAGGAUGUGUUUCAUGUAUAAGCUGGAAUAUUGCAGUGUGUAAUGAAUUUGAAAAAAAAAAGGGAAUUCUUACAUACCAGUGGCCACAACCAAGACCUCAUGGUUUAUUUUAUUUAUGUGUUUCUGUAGUUUCAAAUAUGUCUUGAUGAGUUGUAUUUUUAUUUCACUAUUUAUUAAAAUAGAAAUGGUUUAAUGAUC